AUGUUAUCCUGCGCACUAAGAACAAUAUGGGGUCUCCGUGGACCCUUGACUGUUCUUCUAUCAGGCUGGAACUGGGUCGUAGGAAGUAAAAUGCAGCCAGUCACAGCCCGAGAAUGGUGGCCAAAUACCUCCGUUCCUGCGACUCCACGCGCCCUCACGGAAGACCAACGUCUCGAAGCCAUCGAAAAACUAUGGAUGGAGAGCGAAACACCUUCAGAGCCAUACUGCGUCUACCUCAACCAAGCUCUCCUCUACCUCCGUCAAAGCUUCAAUUUGAUCAGCCAACUCACCUUACCCGAACGCUAUCCGCCCAUGACAGCAGUGCCAUACUCCAUCGACGACACCACCAUCUCCACGCUCACCGACCGUGGCGCUAUAUUCGUCUGGGCGACCCGCAUACCCCGCGAGUUUAUCGCUCUCAUCGAGGCUAAAAACGCGCACGCACUUGUCAUACUAGCCCACUACGCCGUCUUGCCGGGCCGAGUGAGGAAUGUAUGGUGGCUGGAGGGUCUAGGAGCUGACAUCGUAACGGCGGUUGCGAUGGCGCUGGGUAGGGAGAAUUGGGCGUUGAUUGAGUGGCCUGCGGGGGUUGUGGGUGUGGAUUUGGAGAACGCGUUUGGGGUGGGAAGGAGGAGGGACAGACUCGAGGGCAGCCCUUCUGAGAUGCAUAUGGAUGUUAUAUGA